GCAAAGUUAUGUGAGAGUCACACAGCUAACGUGUGUGAGGGGAAGCGGAGAGGGGAUUUUUAUCGUCGUUGUCACACCCAGGAACCAAACAAACCCCCACAGCCAGGCUGAAUGGCUGUAGGUUUACACUUCCUGUUAAUAUUUGGGUUUUGUUGAAGAGACGAUGUCAAAAACAGACAGCAAAGCAGCUGCAGAUAUGACAGAGGCGAUGGAGAAAACGAUGCAGCGACUUCAAGGCAGAUUCCAGGCAGUCUCUGAACAGCUGGAGUCUAAACUAGACGCGAUGGGAACCCGCAUUGAUGACCUUGAGAAGAACGUGGCGGAGCUCAUGACACAGGCUGGCAUGGAGGAGCAGGCCGUUUCAAAGUGACCGCUUCUGUCGCAUGAGCUCGCCAUGUAACCUCCUCCGGACGGCUUCCUGCUGAUUUGCCAACAGUGAUGUCACUUUAGUGGCGACUGCACAGUCCCACACGUUCAUCAGAAGUCAUGAAAUGGGACUUCUGAGCUGCCAUCAGUUGAUAAUAUCAGUUUAUUCAGAUGUUUGUGUUUUCCCCAGGUGCUACAAUACUGCUAACAAAUCACAAACGCUAACCCAGGUUAAUGAGGCUUGGAGCAACAUGCUAACACAUAAACAAAAAGACACAUCCAGUCAGAUUACAGCUGACCAUGGUGCUCGCCUAUAGUUAUCAAUAUAUUUCUUCACAUUCAGUGUUUUCUAACCAAAAACAAUCUCGUUUGUACCCUCAAGGUGUAACAGACACAUUGAAAGCAUUUACUACCUCACAAUAUUUUCAAAGCCUUUUUUUUUAAUGUCUUUAUCUGCAUUGUACAGACGCUGGGGUCUUCUCUUCUACUGCCGUCAAUUAAUGUGUUUGUUAGAGCUGCAAGGACCAGUCAAUUAAUCAAACUAUUAAUUAAUUCAUCGGCAACAAUGUUGACAAUCGAUUAAGCGUUAAUGUUUAAGAAAAAACAAGUGAAUGUUUUCUUUAGUCCUCUGUGACACUAAACUGAAUACCUUUUGGUUAGUGGACAUUGAGGACGUCACCUUGGGCUUUGGGAAACAGCGAGCAACAUAUUUUACAAUUUACUGCCAUUUUAUGGACCAAACAACUGAUCGGUUAAUCAAGGGAAUAAUCAAUAUAUUGAUUGAUAAUUGGUAAUAAUCGUUAGUUGCAGCCCUAGCGUAUGUGCAUAGGUGCACCCGAUGUGGCUGCGUGUCCAAUGCAGGGACCUGCUUGUCAGAACAUAGUCGUCGUAGUUCCCGUCAUGGGGCAAACACUCAGCAAGCUGCCCUUAAACCUGGAGGAAGGAGAUUAGAGUGUCACCACCAAAGAAAAAGUAUGGUGUGUCAUAUGAGCAGGCAGCUGAAGCUUACAACACAGCUGAGCAACACUGUUAGCUGAGCUGUUCUCUGGCUGCACUCUUAAGCCAAAACACAAGGGUGUCUUCAUUUUUUAACCAAAGUCAGAGCAUGAAUUUAUAGUCCCUGUGAACAGCAGAUCAUUUAUAUCAUGACUUCUGCAUUUUAACCCAGCAGUGAGUGUGCAGAUCAAUAUCCGUUGGCCAUUUAUAUCCUGAAAGACGCACAGUGGCAUGUGAAAUUAGACAUGACGUUAUUGAGAGAAAAUCUAGUUUUGAGAAAUGUCUUUCACACACACACACACACACACACACACACACUGCAUGACAAACUGUUUCACAGACAAAACCACCAAAGCCCUUUGAAUUGUCUAAACUGCUGCCGGUGUAAAUGGUUUGUUCAGAGAAAUGCAGCUCAUUAUAUCUGGUUUUGUAUAAUCUGCAAUAUACAGUUAUCUAAACGUUCUCCUUUGUGGUGACACCUUUUAUAAUGUAGAACCGUUUCAGAAUGCAGUAUGAAGUGAGCUGUCCAUUGGCCUUAAACUGUGCGGUGGCAGUGGGGGCUGCUGCUGACAGGUUAACAUGCUGCUAACAGACAAUACCGUUAGCAGACUGAAGGGUACACUGGUCUCUUGUUUUACUGAUCACUUUCACUUCAUUUCUGGGAGAAUAUACUGUCUAUGACAUCUAUGCAAUUUAUUUCUGAGCAUAAUACUGUAACUUAUGUCAUAUCAUGUGUCUUCCUAACCACUAUUAUAAUAUACAUAUAUAAUACAAUAUACAUGACUCAAAUUAGCCAUCACAUCAGUCAGUUAGAUACUGUAGUCCUGUGACUGUUAAUCACAGAGCACCAAAGUUAACAUGCAACAGCCAAAUAAAGAUAUUUUUAAAAGUG